CGUAGAGGGGGCCGAGGGGGGCAGGGGGGCAGGCGGAGUGCAGCGGGGCGGUGCAACGCGCGCCGGCCCGGCCGUCGACGGGCAGACAGUAGGACGGCAACGCCACUGCGAGUCGGUGACCAAGGCGCGAACAGCGCGCUCGCACCGUGACAUGUAGCGCGGCCGCCGCGCUCAGCCUCGCGACUCCACCGUCGGUGGCGGCGCGCCGAUGCGCCUGCCGUCCCGCGCCGACGACGCCCGCGCCGCCGUGACCGUACCAACGCGAGUACCGAGUGAAUCCCUCUCUUGGACCUGAGGCGAGCCCUUCAGCCCGACGACCGUCGGAUGGAACCCCGAGUGCGCCGAUUCGCAUCAAGCGGCGGGAGCUAGCUCAGACAUGGGAAGUGAGCACUAUUGCCUAAGGUGGAACAAUCAUCAGAGCAACCUGCUGGGAGUUUUCAGCCAGUUGCUUCACGACGAGAGUCUGGUAGACGUCACGCUCGCCUGCUCCGAGGGUGCCUCCAUACGAGCUCACAAGGUCGUUCUGUCUGCGUGCUCAUCCUACUUCCGUUCGCUUUUCGUGGACCACCCCUCGCGGCACCCCAUAGUGAUCCUCAAGGACGUGGGUCUGGAGGAGCUGCGGACCCUGGUCGACUUCAUGUACAAGGGAGAGGUGAACGUCCAGUAUUGCCAACUACCCGCGCUCCUCAAGACUGCUGAGAGUCUUCAGGUCAAGGGUUUAGCUGAAAUGACUACAUUAAGUGCAGCUGGUAUCGAUACAAGAAACGUUCCUGAACCAAUGGAUGAAUGCCAAUCCCAGGACACUAAGGAGUGUCAAGAGUCCCACGAGAGACUAGAUGGAUGCGAGAAGUGGGAGAGAGAAGAAAGGCGUGACGCGAAGGACUUGCGGGAUACCCGUGAUAGAGAAAACAAGGAUCGAGACUCAAGAGAAGCUCAUCCAAGAGAAAGUCGUGAGUCGAGGGAAUCACAUAGAGAGCAUAGAGAACAGCGAGACUUAAGAGAACAUCGCGACCAUCGCGAUGUGAGGGAGCAUAGAGAGGCGAGAGAGCCUAGGGAACCCCGUGAACCCAGAGAAAACAGAGAACCACGAGAAACUCGCGCCCAUCGCGAAGUUCCUCGGGAUUUAAGGGACAAUAGAGAAAUUCGAGAGUCUAAAGAAGAGUCAUCACCUCCAAGGAUAUCGCCAUUACUGUCAGUUCGGAGAUUUAGAAAUGAGAACUCCACGGAACCUCCUAUCCCAACGCAUCCUCCCCUGCCAAAGGAUGAGCCGCCUGACGAGCCAAUGCGUCCUUCAUCGCCAGAGGACGACGCAGUAUCUGUAAGAUCAAAUGGGGCGCAAAAUGAAAACAUUGGCAUAAACAUGACUAUAAACAGCCACGGCGUGCUGGGGCCCCGGUACUCGCCAGUGGAACAGCGGCUGAGCGUGUUGAACGCGAUUUCACACCCUGGUCUACCUCAUCCUUCACAUGCUUCUUUGCCCAGUCCACGGAAUGAGCCAAUCGCAGGCCCCUCGGGUCUGCCGCCAGUGCAACAAGUACCUUUGUCUCUGAAGAAGGAAGUCGACUGGGACCGGAGUAAUGAAGACAAAGGUGGCGAGUCAUCCACAGACUAUCGAAUACAGCAUGAAUCUGAGUACGAAGGGUCCGCUAGGGUGCGAAUUGAGGAGGGGGACAGAGGGUACCCGUGCAUACACUGCGGCGCGGCAUUUCCCCACCAGAGCAAACUAACGAGGCACAUACUGACCACGCACACACUCGACACUCUGAAGUAUCGGGACGCUAUACUUGGGCGGCCGCUGGGGUUGCCGAUGCUGGGCCAGUUCGCGGACCCGCCUUACAUGUCCAUGCCUACUGAAGAGUCGCCUAUAGAUCUGGACAUCGGCCCGGUGGAGCCUGGGAACGUGGUGUUGUGCAAGUUCUGUGGCAAGAGUUUCCCGGAUGUUUCGUCGUUAAUAGCCCACCUACCGGUGCACACGGGCGACCGACCGUUCAAAUGUGAAUUUUGCGGAAAAGCGUUCAAGCUGAGGCAUCAUAUGAAGGACCAUUGUAGAGUACAUACUGGUGAAAGGCCAUUUCGGUGUGUUUUGUGCGGGAAAACCUUCUCUCGGUCGACUAUCUUGAAGGCGCACGAGAAAACCCACUAUCCAAAGUACGCGCGAAAAUUCCUGUCGCCUAGUCCUGUGGAUACCGAGGAGGAAAGCCCACACCAAUGAGUAUGGGAUGGCUCUAGUGUACAAUUGAUGCGCGAGUGUAUAUUAACCAAUAAUAUACACUAUUAUUGGACAUAGUCAAUGAGCGAGCAGUGGUAGAAUUGAACAAAUGGAGGACAAUAUGUUGUAAUUUAUUAAGAAUGUGAUUAAGCGCCGCAACUGUGAUCUGAACGAUAUGAAUAAUAUUUGAUAUUUCACUAAUAGAUAAUUGUCACACAAAAGUGGUUACUUCACCGUUUUCUUAUUGAAGAUGAGCGUUUAUUUUUCUCAUUUCGUAUGCUUAUGUUUUAUAAGCGUUUGGAACGUUAGGUGCUUUCUUUACGCUUUAGGUAAUAUUGAAAUCUCAUCGUAGGAUGAGUCUUGUAGACGGCAUAGCCAAAGUUAGCUAGUGAAGUAAAACUUCUUUUUUUAAUAUUAUUUGUUUUAUAUUUCAAAGAUCAGUUUCAUAUGGAGAAUGCGCUCAUUAUUCAGCUUCUUACUUUGAGAAAGUUCCUUAAAUGAGCUCUCAUGUUUGGUUGCCAUUUCAAAGCUUUUUUAGUAACUACUAAACGAGGACUGUAAAAUAAUUGAUUUAGAGCUGACGUAACCUUUAGAGACUUGCAUUAUUAAAUUUAUUAUAAGUAGUUCAUCUCUCAGAGUUAAUUUGAUAAACCAAAUUAAAGAUUGAUAAUGAGUGCUUUAAUUAUUAUUAUUAGAGACCAUAGAACAAUUGCACUCAAUAAAAUAUAGUUUGUAAUGAUUAAAAAUUAGGGAUAUGAGAUUUUUACUAAUUUUAUGUCUUUCGAAGUAAAUGACGCACGCUCCCCUGAGGUAAUUCAAAAGCAAUAUUACGACAUAUAAAAUGUACAUAACAUAUAGUUUGAUAAUAUCGGAUUUAUAGGAAAUUUAUUAGAAAGUAAAAAUAAUGCUUCAGUAGCUCCGUAUUUGGUGACUUGGGGAGGGUUGUGGAUGUGUGAUCCUGGGAAUCAAAGCUUUAAACGCUGUUUCUGUUCUGUCCGAAUAUAGUCCAUGCCUCUUCAUCCCAACGGUUCACUCUCUCGGAAGCACCGUUAUGUUCUGCUUCCGCGAAUUAUAUUGGCUACCACACGUGUCAUGUUGAGAUGCAAGAGGCAUAGCCUGAAUAUAUUAAUAUAUAUCAAAUUUUCUAUCUAUUUUCAUACUGCAGAACCAUAUUGUUUUAUUGUACAGAGAGUUUCAAAUGCUUUAUUACUUAAAUAUAGUAAAAGUUGAAUCGUUGAUAAUUCGCUUAGUUAAAUAUUAGAGCAGCAGGGCCAGUUUACGUUUAUUACAAUUACAAUAUACAGUACAAUUUUUAAAAUCUGUUAUUACGAAGCAUUUGAAACUUGUCUCACAACCACUGUGUUCAAUAAAUUCAACAGAGUCAAAUACAGGGAUAUUUUAUGGAUUAUAACAUUCAUUUUGUUUUUGACUACUGACUCAGUAGCCUGAUGGUUUGCCGGAGUCUGUACAGAAGUUUAUCAACCACAAACAAUAAUUAUACGUAACUAUUAUUUAACCAAUGAUUUUUGAACUAAAGCUUUGAUUUGGUACUGAUUGGAAAGUUGGCUCAGUUUAGCCGUAAGUUUUCUUGAUAAUAUUUUACCUUUUUGUUCUUUAUUGCUUACGGUACUCCCUUGUUCAUGCAGUUUUAUUUAUUUAAAUUAAGAUCUAAUAUCACUAUUGUAAAAAAAACGAAUACAUAAUAGAUAUUAAACUAGUCGAUAGAUAAAUACAUACCCUUAUAAUGAUUUUUCAAAAUCUAUGUGACCUAAGUACAUGGGGACAUAUCAUCAUUUUAACUAUCAAAAUCAAAGUGUUUUUGCACUUUUCUUAACAUACGUAACUUGUUUAAUUUUUGUAUUGUUGGACUAGUAGUAUAAAAUAUAUAAAAUAUCAGAUUCUGUUUAAAUGUAGGCGUUAAACACCUAUUUACGUGUAUAAGAGGAUUAGUAGCUGUUUAUUUCGAAAAAUAUCAAAUGAAAGUAUUAUAGUUAAUUAGGAAAAGAACUGUGAUAUAUAAAAAAGUAAGGACACCAUCUGGGAGUUAAAAUUUCGAUCUCAGAAUGUGAUUUGAGCCGUUUUCGCGUUUUGGACCUUAAUGGUUGAUGUGAUUUUAAAAGGAUAUUUUGUGAUUAAAUCUAUGGUUUUAGUAACUCGUCUUUUAAUUUCUUACUUAUGGAGAUUUAUGAGAUAAAAUUAAGUAUCUAAAUUUAGGUUUAGGCCUCUUCAAAACUAUCUUUAUUAUAAUGAUCAUUUUAAAAUUUAUAAUAAUAUGCUAAAUUAACUUAUAGAGAAAACAAAUAUUAUUGAAAAACACGACCCUUACGUGUCUUUCCUAUAAAUAUUUCUUUAUUAGGCGUUUUGUAAUAAAGGACUUAAGUGCUGCACAGUACCUAAACGCCUAACAUUCCGAAAUUAUUCCAGUGUGGGCAAAAAUAUUAUUUUUAUGCAAAUGCCACCGAUAUUUCGUAGUUGUACUUAUAAUGUAUUUGUUAAGUAUACUGUCUUAAAUAUAUUAUCAAUGUCCUUAUUUCUUUAUGUUUGGGAGUACCGUUCGCAAAUAUUUAUGCUUGUUUGAUUCAAUGGAAUGUAAAGAUACUAAAGAUAUUCUAAUUGUAUUGAAAUUAUGAUGUGGUAGUGUUAUAGGAGCUCUUCCAAAUGCACGUGGUAAGGUUAAUUAGGUAUAGAUUGCGCAGUAAUUGUCUACGACACUUUGUUUAAUGGUUUGGUAAAAUGUAAAUGUGAUUGUGCGCGUCUACAUUUAGGAUCACUUAUAAAUAACUUUGAGUACAUUCCACUUAUAUUUACUGUAUGGUAACUUUUCAAGUUUGAUUUCAGAGUAUUUGUCGUUUGUGUUUAGUUGGCGCAGUCAGUAGGGAUGUCCCAUCAUUUUACAAAUGAAAUCAUACGAACUUAGUCUCUGUUAAAAAUUGAGAUGUCUCUAAAAUAUAGUAUUUUUAC